AAAUAUCUCUACUCGUGGAUAUAAAAAUUUAAAAAUUUCAUCUAAUUUCACAAGUAAAUUCGAUAUAUGCAUGAUCACAAAUAUAAAUUUUUUACUUUUGAAUUAUUGCGAAGAAUGGAAUCAAAAGAAGGCAAAGGGAACUUGGCCAUGGGUGGAUAGAACUGAUUCCAAAUGGAAAAAAGAAAAAAAAACAAUCAAUCUCCACAAAGUUUCUACAGCUAGUAUAGCCUUUUUAACUGCACCAUGUGCAACCGGGACUGCAUAAAACCUGCUCGAUCAGUAUCACUUUCAAUCAAAUAAAGCAUAUCAAUCCAGUAUAUGCGUCCGGAUCCAUUUGAUCAACAACAUUAGGGUUCGGAAGUAAUCCUGUAGGGCAUAGCCGCCAUCCAUCCAAAUGCAGUUUUCCCUCAUAAUUAACUUGCAUCUUAAUGCGGUGGAUAUGGAGAGAGAGACAGCAAAAUUACAUAUUCAAUUCCACUCUUACAUGAACCUCUAAAUAUUCUUUGCUUUUAAUGUUAGGAAUUAAACUCCUGAUAUCUUGCACUACGAGACACCAUCUGGAUCACACUAGCCCUAGUGUUACUUUAGAUAGAAAUGCAUGUGUCGGUGCACUCACUAGCUACCUCUGAUGCUCCAAAGUCGUUCCUGCCCGAGAAUAACUAACAAGGAAGAACGUACCAGCAGGGUUAUCUAAAUCUUUCACCAAUUUAUUGUGCACAUAAAGUGGGCAAGAAAGUAUAUAUAACACCUCCCAAACUCAAUACAUAAAUUCACAAAAACACUACUGCUACGUACUUCAGGUUAGAGAAUGAGCUGGAGUGGUGGAGACUGGAUUUGCAGUGCAUGCCAACAUCAGAAUUUCAGAAAAAGGGAGGCAUGCCAGCGAUGUGGGUACCCAAAGUUUCAUGGCCCUGAUCCGGCAGGGUGGACAAGGGUGUUGCCCGGAGACUGGUAUUGCACUGCCAUGAAUUGCGGAGCUCACAACUAUGCUAGCAGGCCAAGCUGCUAUAGAUGUGGUACAUCUAGAAAUGAGUAUGGAAGUAGUUGCGGAUCAGAAUCCACUUUCCCUCCGGGUUGGAAAUCCGGUGACUGGAUUUGCCCUAGAAUGGGAUGUGGAGAACAUAAUUAUGCUAGCAGGAAUGAGUGUUUCAGAUGCAAAGCACGAAGGGAUUUUGGUGAUGCAGUUCAGUGAUAUAGACAAUGCGGCAAUGUUGAUUUAGAUAUAAAUUAAUUUUCUCCUUCAGUUUUAAAGCUGAUUUUAGUUCCUACACAAGGACGCUUCUGUUUAGUUACAGUGUGAAAUGAAAAUAAUUCUCUUUCAGGAGGAUCAAGAUCAAAGUAUUUGCUUUGUCAAGAGUUUCCGGAUAUGUCAUAAUUACGCUGCGACUGCAGGCAUAAAAUCUUGAUGCUUAAUUGGAAAUGAAAAUUGUACUGUUCUUUUUCUUUUUAAGGAUGUAUUGGAGACUUAUUUCAUCAAUGAUAAAACCGUCCUUAAUAUA